AUGGGCCGCUGGGGAUGGCGCCUUUUUGAAGCCGACCGUGACCUGGACAUCCUCGGUGACAUGCUCGGUCACACGGGCCAGUCGGAGGAAGCAUGGACCUGGACCCUGGAGGACACAAUCCUCGGACCUGACUACGACACGCCCACCGAGGUCCGCAGCAAGCUAGACAAUGAGGUCCUGCCCUAUGUCCGCCAGAGGUUUGACACCGACGACCUCGGAGAACAGAUGCUCGUUGCCUGCCGAGCCAAGGAAGGGGAGGACAUGCCUUUCAAUCCGACCAAGUACACGACCAUUCUGAUGGGGGCCCUGAUCAUGCGUGCCGGCGGCCAAAUCAGUUCCGAGUCGAUGCAGCAUCUCCGUGCGCUGGUCCCGCAGGUGAACUGCAACGCGCGAUUCGUGCUGCCGCUCAAUGACGAGGGAUUCCGCUCGCCCGGUCGCGCCCAGUUCCUGGCGGCUCUAGAUCAUUACCGAGCCGGGGUGCCACGGAGCUUUCGAUCGCCGAGGUGA